AUGUCGAAAAACGAAGUGUGGAACGUCUACAAACGAGCUAAGAACCCAAAAGAACCGCUGCGCCGAGGGAGGCCGCGAAAGCUCGAUCCAAGGUUCGCAUCAACACUCUUGCGCAUCACACUGGACUUGAAAUCAAAUUUUGGAGCUGUCGUCGAUACUGCUUACAAUGCCAUUGCCGUGGACGAGAUCACCAAUGCCGCCGAACUGCGCUCGCAGCUUGAGCUUGCGCAUGCGUCGGUGCAAACGGUGCAACGGAGAUUGAGAGAAUUAAUGAGUACGGAACAUCGUGCCUUGCUGAAGAACUUGAUUGUGCGUCUCCAUGACGAGGAUGGAUGGGCAUUUAGAAGAAUUGCUGCCCACUUAGAGAUGUCAAAAAGCGGAGUGUGGGGCAUCUACAAAAGUACAAGAAACCCAGCUGAGCCAGCACCCUUGGGCCGCAAACGCUCCACAGAUGAGAGAUGGUUCGGCUUACACGGAAGGCGUCCUGCGACAAAGCCGUUCAUCUCAUUUAAAUAUGUUGGAAGGAUUCAAAUCGCAAGGCAGCAUGUCGAUUGGCAGAAUCAGUGGAGAGGAGUGCUAUGGUCUAAUGAAAGCAAGCUCAACAUGGCGGUAAGCAACGGACGUCAGUGGGUACGGAGACCAGUCAGGGAGCGAUACAAGCCAAAGUACACCAAGUCUAGCGUGAAAUGCGAAGGCGGAAACCAUGAAUCCACAUCUGCAAACUCUUAA